AUGACCUGAUUCGUUGUUUGCCAACCGUCAAUAAACACCAAAAGAGUUAAGCUAAAUGUGAUGCUAGCAGCUUUAGCUUUCUUUCGUUCUGCUUGAAGCCAUCCUAGAGAGUCAGACCAUCUGUGAGCUGAACAUAUGAGUGUUUGCAGUAAAAAUAUCUCCAGUCUGGAUUCAACACGAGGUUUUUAACGAGCUCCUGCUGAAGAAACAUUCACAGAGUUUAAAGAAAUCUUCAAGUCUGAGGAAGAGAUGGAUGAUCAGAUACCGGUUUUUACCCGGACACCUCAAAUCAUCUUAUAUCGAACAGACCACCUACUGGAUCGUGUUUGGAAAGAUGAGGUUUGCUUUGACCAGCAGCUCUGUAAACCUGAGACAUGUCCCAGUUUGGACCAGGAGGAACCAGAACCUCUGCACCUGAAAGACAAGCAGCAAAAGCCAGAACAUCCCUGGACUAAAGAGGAACCAUUGGAGCUCUGCAUGAGUGAACAUAAAGAGCAUCUUGAACUGAAGGAGGAGACUGAAGAUUCAUUAAUGUUGACUCCUAAUUAUGAAGAAAAGAACCACAUUCAACCAGAACCAAUCAGUAACCAAGUGGUCUCUCAGAUCUUUAAAAAAGAUUCCUUUAUUCCAAAGAAAAUCUUGACUCAAGACUUGAAAAGUCACAUAGGUGAGAAACGUUUUCUGUGUCGGACAUGUGGAAAACGUUUUUAUAAAAAGAGAGAUUUAACAGAUCACAUGAAGAUUCAUUCAGGUGAGAGACCUUUCAAAUGUUGGCUCUGUAGAAACAGUUUCACUACAAAAGUUGUUCUGGACUCUCAUGUCAGAACCCACACAGGGGUGAAGCGAUUUUCUUGUGCCAUUUGUGGCAAAGGCUUUAGUCGAAAUUAUACUAUGAAUUAUCACAUGAGGCGCCACAAAAAUGAAAGGCCUUUUCCCUGGAAUACCCGUGAGAAAACGUACACAUCAAAUGAUCCAUUGAGCAAUAAUACAGUUGAGAAUCCCUUUUUAUGUGGGAUCUGUGGAAAAGCUUUCCAAGAAAGCAAUAGCUUAAGAACUCACCUGAUGACUCACACAAAAGAGACACCGUUUCAGUGCAGAACAUGUGGAAAAAGUUACAAAGAAAAAGUACAUUUCACAAUUCACAUGAAAACUCAUACAGAUGGGAAGCUUUGUUCUUUCUGUGGAAAAACGUUCACAACCAAGUCUAAUUUUGAAAGACACGUCAGAAUUCACACGAGUGAGAAACCUUUCUCUUGUACAAUUUGUGACAAAGGCUUUAUUCAAAAAGAGCAUUUGGCUUAUCACAUGACGCAUCACACAGAUGAUAGGCCUUUUCCCUGUGAUGUCUGUGAAAAAUCUUUUAAAAGAAAGGAUGCAUUGAAGAGACACAUGAGAAUUCACACAGGUGAGAAACCCUUUUUGUGCAAGACCUGUGGAAGAGCAUUCAUCCACCAUAACAGCUUUAAAGCUCAUUUGCUAACUCACAAAUGAGGAGCCUUUUCAUUGUGAGACAUGCGGAUAAGGUUAUGAGAAAAACAGAUUAACACUUGGCAUCAGGCACAAAUGUAAAAUUCUGUAUUUGUCAGAAUGUUUUUCUUUAUUUUGUGGUAGAAAAUAAAGUCAAAGACAACAGAUUUUAGGUGGGAUUAAAAGGAAACCAAGUAUAAAGGACACUAAAUGAAUGAAUAAUAAAAAGGUAUGACUCAUGCCAUAGUGUCCUGUUAAUGCAA